UCAAAAUGCUUGGUAAUUUUUCUGGUGAUAGUAAUAACCAUCCCCAAUUACAGAAAAAAAAAUCAGAUUUUUUAGUAGCGUAGUUAUUUUUAUAAAAAUAAAAACAUUUUUUACUUCCUCGCGUCCACCCCACAUCAGAUUUCUGUGUGCAUGCCUUUGUCUUAAAAAAAUAACACGUGAAUUUGACGUUGACAGUUCAAGUGACAGUGACAUUUGUCUUGUCAUGGGGCACAUAACCUUUUGUGCUUUCAUGUGGUUAACCGUUUCCUCUGUUUUUCUGCGAAUUUGACGACUGUAUUCUUGACCCGGACCUCUGACUGUGGCUGCCUCAACGACGACCUUCGCUUUUGUACCCUGGACCUGAUCUCGAUACCUACUACGACGACCACUGGAAUUUGAAAUCGGCUAACAUGGAUGCCUCCUCUUUUCAUAAAGCCGACUCAUCUAAUUUGCCAAAAGUAGAUCCGUAUAUGCUUAUGGAGUUUAUGAAGAACAGCGACAAACAUAAUGUCGCUGAGAUAAGAGAUGCCAAAGCAUUAUCGUCUUCACGGGACUCAUAUGUGGAGAAUGCCAUUGGAUAUGUUGAAGUAAAACAUACUGGAAACCUUUGUGAUGUUAAAGCAAAAGUUGUUCCGGAACAAAAAAUAUCAAGCAAAUAUUAUGUUGUGAUGGUCCAUAUAGACGAGUCACAGGAAGCAAUUACGGACACUUCAUGUGACUGUACGGCAGGAGCUGGUGGCUGUAAACAUACUGUAGUCCUUUUACAUUGGCUGCAAAAGCGAAGUGAUGAACCUUCAAGAACAAGUCUACAGUGCUACUGGACUAAACCCAAUUUAAAACGGGUUAGAGAAAACCCCAUAAUGUGUGAAGAUUUUGCAAAGGGUAAAGUAGCCAAGAGGGGUCCCAAGGACCCAACUGUAUUAGAAAGGUUGCGAAAUGAAGCAAAAAAACAUGGAGGUUGUGGAAAUAGCCUGCUCAUGGCAUAUGAUCCCGACCAUUUAAAUAAGAAAAUAACAAGAUUCUGUUUAUUCGAUUUAAUGGUUGAAUUUUUAGAAAAAGAAAAUAAUCAUAAUUUUGAGAAAUAUAAGAAGUUUUGUGACACAUUAGUAAAAAAAAAAAAGAACAAAAUAAAGAAAGAAACGGAAGGCCAAGUCCAUUCCAAACAGUGGCACAGUAUUCGCCAAGGCAGAAUAACGGGCUCUAAGAUUUAUGAAAUUGCUCAAUGUCAAACUCCCAAUGGCUGUCUUGUGGAGCAGUUGUUGGGUGGUUGCAAGGCACCAGAGACAAAAGCCAUAAAAAGAGGGAAAAAUUUAGAAAAAAGUGUAUUAAACCAACUACAGCAAGAAAUAAACAAAGAUAUUAAUGAAACUGGAUUCAUAAUUGUGGACGGGAUUUUUGGUGCUUCACCCGAUGGGAUUGGUGAUGACUUCGUAGUUGAGAUUAAGUGUCCCAUUUCUGACAAAACAAAAAAAACUUACAUAAAAGAUGGGCAAAUACGUUACAGUAUUGACGAGAUCUUUGCAAAUUAA